AUGAAUGCACUUCUCACAUCUCAACCACUGAGUGUACAAAGUCACACACCUCUCGUGAAUCUUCUAUGGGAGAAACUUUGUCCGCUGAUGAUAAGACUGCUUGGGGUUCCCGACAAAAAUGUUGCAAACACUCCUGCGAUUACCACUGAAGAACCGCUUGGACAAGGCCAAAUGGCUAAAUUCACAUUGAGCCCUGCUGUAGUUGCAAAUCCUGAGGCGACGAGAGUUUUGUACCAGAUCCUAGAACAGCUGACUCGUAUUAUGGCAGGCAUCCCAUCGGUCAACUCAGUUUUGGAAGCUCUCUUCCACAAAGCCUUCCUUUUCCCCAAGGUCGAGCAGAGAGCUGAAGCAAUAAGGAUCAUCAAAAAGGAUUUGUACAUUCUUCUCGCAGCCGUGUCCACGCGUAAUUCUAUAUUUUGCUUUAUGACAGACAACAAAGAGUUUGUCACGAAGAUUCUCUCGGAUCGUCUCCGAUUGAACGAUAUCGUGUGCUCAUGUGUCCGUUCGCGUUCGUUGUCGCUAUGGCGGAUGAUGGUCGUGUGCAUGGCCGAAUGCGCUCAACCUCAGUACGAAAUAGCCAUUGAGGCUACUAGAGCUUGUGGAGCAAUGGUAAGUCCACAUAUGUUGAUCGAGCAACCACAUUUCUCAUACGCGCUUGUUUCUAGCACUACAAACUAUUGUGCCAAAAGAACUGUAUCAGAUGCCAUAGCCUUUAAAUGUCUUAAUUGA